AUGGGGAGUUUACUUCUGUUGUUGCUAGUACUAAGUUGGACUGUCUUCAGCCUCAGGUGUCCACCCCCACCGACAGCCGGUUUAUUCGCCUGCCGGAAUCGAAGCCUGCGCGAGGUUCCACUGCCCGUGGGCGCACCCACUAAAAGCCGUCUGGCCAUAACCGCACUCGAUGUUUCCGACAACGCAAUAGAAAUCCUGCACAAGGACGCCCUCAGGCCCUAUCCCGCCCUAACCAGCCUCUGGGUGGAACGCAACGUCCUCUGGAAGAUCACCGACCUCGCAUUCCACUCGGUGCCCGGCCUGGAGAGCCUUCUACUUCGUGGGAACCGACUUGUUAUACAGCCCGGAAGCCUCUCGCCCCUGGCGCUGUUGAAGUUGAAGCACCUGAAAAAACUGGAUCUCUCCGACAACCCCUUGGGGCUAAUACCCACACGGUUUUUCGCGCCUUCGCUUAUCGAGGUGCGGCUAGAACGAACGAUUCCCGGACUCGUCAUCAAGCAGCAGGCCUUCUCGGGGCUACACAAGUUGCGGGUGCUGAGUCUGGCAGACAACCGAUUCGAAUCCCUGCCUGCACACCUGAGCGAGGAAUUGGGCGGUCUGAAAAACCUACAACGCCUGCAUUUACAUGGAAACAGGUGGAACUGUGAUUGCCACCUGGCAUGGCUCGGCAGGUUAGCGCGAAGACUCAAUGAAACCACGUCGUGCCAUAAACCCGCAGCCCUACAAAAUCGAGUCAUGUCGAAUUUGCCGCCGAGGGAGUUUCAGUGUGCACCUUCGGCUCUGAAUAAAAACGCCACCACCAAUCGCAUCAACGAAGUUGAAACCGGCGCGACAGUCACAAUGGUGUGCAACUUCUACGCCGAACCCAGAGGACGCAUCACGUGGUACCGGGGUGACCAGGUGCUUGGGCAGGCGGCCCACGAGACCAUGGUGACAGACACGAUCGUUCAAACCAACCUCACUCUCACGGACGUGAGAGUUGGUCACGACGACGGACUCUAUCGAUGCGAGGCAGAGAACGCGAGAGGCAAGGACUCAAUCCUGUUCCGCAUUAAAGUCGGGUACUUUAGAGCGGAGAGCAGGCGAUUAAUUCGCGUGUCGGGAGUGAUGCUGAGCGCUAGCGUUGGUGGAGGCGUGCUCCUCGUAAGUCUGACGCUCAUCAGCAUUCUGGUGUACUGCUACCAAAAGGACAAAACCGAACACCGACCACGUCAGGCGGUGGCUGGUGGGAAGUGCGAAAGCGAACCCGCAGCAGCGGAGUGGGAGCAGCAACGCGCCUUGCCACUGGGGAGGUUCACUGACGCAGCAGGAAAUUUGCCGAUGGUGGCCACGGGGACUGGAGGCGUACGCCAAGCUGACGCGGCGCAUUACCAAACUGUCUCGACGGAGGCUUGA